UUCGAAUCGAUUUAUUGUUUAUUCAAUUCAUUAAUCAAUUGAUUUGAAUUACAAUUUAGUUAUUUUUGAAUCAAAAACCGAAAACCAAACCGUUUUUUGUUUUCUUUAUAUUAUUCUUAUUCUUCUCCUUCUUGUGGAACCCUUCCUCCUCUAGUUUACCCAACACUAUCCGAUACCGUUGUCGUUGAUUCGGACAUCACAUGACUGGCCACUGGUCGGGACCGAUUGUCUUUGGCCUAUCAUCAAUUAUCUGGUGGCUGGUAAUCAACAACACCGAUUUUGUGGCCAAUUCAUCAAUGGUGGCCACUAGUGAUGAUAGUAAUGACGAUGAUUUCGAUAACAACGACAACAACAAUAUGUACAACAAUUACCGAACUAUACUGUUAACGGGUAUCAAAGUGAUGGCCGUAUUUGAUUCGGUGUGUCUGAUCGUAUUGGUCUACCUGUGCGCCACACGUCAUCGCCAAUUGUAUAGACGUCGUCGAUAUGAUGAUCAAUGGACUGACAAUCAACAGCAGAAACACUGGUACGAUAGGUAUUACCAGAACUGGCAAUUUGUUUGGCGUUCACCGAAAACUGUUAAUACAAUCGCUGACCAAAAUGACAGCCAAUUGUCGUCGAGCCGAUCUGUCGGCUAAAAGAAAAUGUCCAAUCGAUCACUCGAUGUCCAGUUAUUAUCUUCUCUCAGAUCUC